AUGAAGGUCGCUGCUCUUUUCUGGCUUUUGCCAGCUUUUGUUGUUGCCCAGUCCCCUACUCAGACUUUGUCCCCAUGGCAGACCGGUAUGGUUACUGAAGAUGGCACCUGUGGAGGAGAGACUGGUUUCGUCUGCAGCCCUCUCUGGGGUGCUUGCUGUUCCAAGGACGGCCAAUGCGGCCGAUCCAGCAAGUUCUGCGGAGACGGAUGUCAGAGCAAGGCUGGAAACUGCAAUGCCGCUGCACCCCCUCCUGAAGUUCCCCUAGGCCCUGGAAGCGUCUCUCCCGAUGGUUCUUGUGGCAGUACAAACAAAUUCGUUUGUGGUGGUAGCGCCUUUGGUGACUGUUGUUCUACCCAGGGCUGGUGUGGUAACUCUACAGCCCACUGCGGUAACAACUGUACUCCCGACUUUGGCACUUGUGGCCCUCCCAGCAAAAUCACCUUUGAUGGCCAGUGUGGUGCCAAUGGCAAGAUCUGUCUUGACUCUGGCUAUGGUGACUGCUGUUCUAUCGGCGGCUGGUGUGGAGACAAGGCUGAGCAUUGCGGUGCUGGUUGCCAGAAAGGCUUCGGCAACUGUACCUUGACCAAUGCUGGAGAUAUUUCCACCGAUGGCUUCUGUGGAAAGAAUGGCAAGACUUGCAAGGGAAGCACAUUCGGAGAUUGCUGCUCCAAGGAAGGCUACUGCGGCAAGGAUAGUCACUGUGAUGCUGGAUGCCAGACCAAGUUUGGUUCCUGCAACGCCGAGACUGACAUCUCUACCGAUGGUUUCUGUGGCAAGAACGGAAAGACUUGCAAAGGAAGCACCUACGGCGAUUGUUGCUCCAAGGAGGGUUACUGUGGAAAGGAAGGCCACUGUGGUGCAGGAUGUCAAACUGCUUUUGGUACCUGCAAAGCUGACUCCGGCGCUGUCUCAACCGACGGUCGCUGCGGAAGCUUCAACGGCAAGACUUGCAAGGGCAGCACUUACGGUGACUGCUGUUCCGUUGGUGGCUGGUGUGGUGAUAAGAAGGAUCACUGUGAUGCAGGCUGCCAAUCCAAGUUCGGUACUUGCAACCCCGAGGCUAGCAACAUUUCUACCGAUGGCUUCUGCGGUAAGAAUGGUAAGACCUGCAAGGGAAGCACCUACGGUGACUGCUGUUCUGCUGAGGGUUACUGCGGUAAAGAAGGUCAUUGCAAGGCUGGCUGUCAGUCUAAGUUUGGUACUUGCGAUGAAGCUUCCGGCAACGUCUCGACCGAUGGAAGCUGUGGCAAGAAUGGCAAGACCUGUAAGGGCAGUGUCUUUGGAGACUGUUGCUCUGAGUACGGCUACUGUGGCAAGGGCGACACCUUCUGCCGCAAUGGUUGCCAGAAGGCCUUCGGUCUCUGCACCGGUAUCUCAUCCGACUCUGAGUGUGGUACCAGGAACGGCAAGACUUGUGCUGGAUCUGGACUCGGAAACUGUUGCUCAUCCAAUGGAUACUGUGGAAGCACCGCCUCUCACUGUGGACAGGGCUGCCAAAAGGGUGCUUCCAGCGCCUGUCUCACCAAGGACAUUCCCUCAUUGGACAGCACUUGCGGUAGCAAGGUUGGUCUGACCUGUGCUGGUGGUCCAUUCAAUGGACAGUGCUGUGGUUCCACUGGUUUCUGUGGAACAACCAGUACUCACUGUGGUGCUAACUGCCAGAAGGGUUUCGGCCGCUGUAAUUAG